GUAUCCCGAGGAUGUAUGCGCCUGAUCCCAGCCCAGGCCACUGCCGGCUGCAUUCCAUUCCGAUCGCCUUGCAGUCGAAGACUCAUACAUAUUCCAUAUCCACCCAUCCUCUUCCUCGCCGUUGUCAGUAGUAUGGAUUCCUCGACCGACACCGCGUUCCCUCAUUACCCACCAGCCUCGCAGUAGAACCAGAACUCAAGCUCAAUGGCGCGCCGAGACGAGGGCGAAGACCUCAACCGCGCUCUCGCCCAGGACAAUGUCGAAGAGCAGGAAUUGGAGAAGAAAGAUGAGCCCUCCCAGUUUCUGGAGGUCCCGAGCGACCUGAGAAGGAUAGGCCGCGGGAAGAGCGAGGAUAGUACACGUCUUGAAAAGAUCGAGUCCAUAGCCACGACAGCCACUGAGGCCAGUGCCGCUGUUCACGUCAAGUCUAGGGAACCAAAGAAAGCACCAUGGCAUCACAGAAUAAACCCAUUUCGUGGAACUGCCCCGCCUGUGCCGGAAGAGCGGGCAGUUUGUCGGGAGUACAACGCCAGCUUUCUCAGCAUGUUGACUUUCCAAUGGAUGAAUCCCCUCAUGACUACGGGGUACAAGCGCCCAAUCGAGCUAAACGAUAUCUGGCUUGUCAAUCCUGACCGAAGUUCGGCUACGAUGAUCGAUCUGCUCAUGGCCUCCUUCAAAAGGCGGGUUGCUCGAGGGGAGCGGAAUCCGUUGUUAUGGGCACUUUUCGACACUUUUCGGGGCGAGUUCCUCCUUGGUGGAGUAUGUGCCUUGUUUUCGGCAUUAUUCCAGGUCUUCUCUCCUUUCACAACGCGCUACCUCAUCCAAUUCGCCUCAGACGCAUGGGUCGCUCAAAAAACGGGUCAGCCAGCCCCAAACAUUGGCCGUGGUAUAGGUCUCGUACUUGGUAUCACAUUCAUGCAGAUGUGUCAGUCAAUGUCCACCAAUCACUUCAUCUAUCGUGGCAUGAUGGUUGGAGGAGAGUGCAGGGCUGUUUUGAUCAAUGCUAUCUUCGAAAAGUCUCUGGUCAUUUCAGGGCGAGCGAAGGCCGGCGGCAAAGCCUUACAAGAUGAGGAGACUUCAAACGGAAUCAACACAGCGGAGCGUGAGCAAUCCGCGGAGACCGAGAAAACCAAAGAUCGCCCACUCCUUGCUCGUGCGCUUUCGAGACGACUACACCCGAAAGGUGGAGCUAAAGUGACUCCGGACAGGACGACCGGUGUCUCUGGAGAUGGUACUGGGUGGAACAACGGAAAGAUUGUCAACUUGAUGAGUGUUGAUACCUACCGGGUUGAUCAAGCCUCAGGUCUAUUCCAUAUCAUGUGGACUGCGCCAAUCCAGGUCAUUAUUGUCCUGGUCGUGCUAUGCGUGAACAUUGGUUACAGCGCCCUCGCAGGGUAUGCCUUGCUUAUUAUCAUGCUGCCUCUCUUGACCAAGGCCAUCAAAGCUCUUCUGAUGAGACGAAAAAAGAUCAACAAAGUGACGGAUCAGCGUGUGAUGCUCACUCAAGAAAUAUUGGGCUCUGUGCGAUUCGUCAAGUUUUUUGGAUGGGAAACGAGCUUCCUCAAUCGUCUCAAAGAACUUCGAAAGAGAGAAAUUCGUGCCAUCCAGAUCUUGCUAUCGAUCCGAAAUGCGAUCAAUGCGGUUGCCAUGUCUAUGCCGGUCUUCGCAUCAAUGCUCUCCUUCAUCACAUAUUCGCUCACUGACCAUGGCUUGAAUCCAGCGCGAGUGUUCUCCUCACUUGCUCUUUUCAAUUCACUGCGCAUGCCACUCAAUUUGCUACCGUUGGUAUUAGGUCAAGUGACCGAUGCGCAGAACUCUCUUCAACGUAUCCAGGAAUUUUUGCUUUCCGAAGAACAGACGGAUGAGGUGACCUGGGACGAAAACAUGGAGAGCGCGAUUGAAGUCGACCAUGCUUCUUUUACCUGGGAACGCACAGCCACCCAAGAUAAGGAACGGACAGGGGCUUUCCAGACUAGAGGCCAACUCAUGGCAGCGAAGAAAGCUAAAAAGGAGAGGAAGAAGGCCGAGAAGAAGGCAGCCAAGGUGGCGAAGAAGAACAAGAAGUCGCCCUCUGCUUCUGACGAGGACAUUGCUAGCGAGACCACACAAAUCGAACCGUUCAAGCUGCAUAACUUGGACUUUACCGUUGGCAGAAACGAAUUGCUCGCCGUCAUCGGAACAGUGGGUUCCGGCAAGACUUCGUUACUCGCUGCACUCGCAGGAGACAUGCGGAAGACGGACGGCAAAGUCAAGAUGGCCUCGUCGCGAGCCUUUUGUCCACAAUACGCCUGGAUUCAAAACGCCACACUCAAAGACAACAUUCUCUUUGGAAAGCCAUACAAGUCCAAGUGGUACCGAGAAGUAAUCGACGCCUGUGCUCUAAGGCCUGAUCUGGAUAUUCUUCCGGCCGGUGAUCAAACUGAAAUUGGUGAGCGUGGUAUCACUCUCUCCGGCGGCCAGAAACAGCGGUUGAAUAUCGCUCGAGCCAUAUACUUUGACGCCGAUAUCGUCCUCAUGGAUGACCCGCUGUCGGCGGUUGAUGCUCACGUUGGUCGUCACAUCAUGGACGAAGCGAUCUGUGGUCUCAUGAAGGAUAAAUGUCGGAUUCUCGCCACUCAUCAACUUCACGUUCUGUCUAGGUGUGAUCGUAUCAUCUGGAUGGAGGACGGCCAUAUCCAGGCUAUCGAUACUUUUGAUAACCUGAUGGCCCACAGCGUCGACUUUCAGAAAUUGAUGGCCACCACAGCCCAAGAAGAGAUCCAUGCCACAAAACCCGCAGAUGAAGACGAGAAGGAGAAGAAGCCCGAAAAGAAGAAAAAGGGCAAAGCUCUGAUGCAGGUAGAAGAGAAGGCCGUGAAAUCCGUCAGCUGGGGUGUCUGGAAAGCGUACAUUAAUGCAUCGGGAUCCCCGAUAUUGUGGCCGCUGAUCGUGAUUGCUCUGAUCUUGUCUCAAGGGUCUAAUAUUGUCACCAGCCUUUGGCUUAGUUGGUGGACGAGUGACAAAUUUGGGUUUUCUGAAGGAGCGUACAUUGGCGUUUACGCUGGGCUCGGUCUUUCUCAGGCACUGCUCCUAUUCACCUUCGCAACCAUCUUGUCGACCAGUGGCACCAAUGCCAGCAAGGUUCUGCUGCAGAAGGCCAUGACACGUGUACUGCGUGCUCCCAUGUCAUUCUUCGAUACGACACCGCUAGGGCGCAUUACUAAUCGAUUCUCAAAAGAUGUCGACUCCAUGGACAACAAUCUCACGGACGCCAUGAGAAUGUAUUUCCUGACGCUGGCCAUGAUCACUUCGGUUUUUGCGCUGAUCAUUGCCUACUUCCAUUAUUUCGCGGUCGCCUUGGGACCGUUAUUUCUACUAUUUUUGUUUGCUUCAAGCUAUUACCGGGCAUCGGCACGAGAGAUCAAAAGACACGAGGCUGUUCUAAGAUCUACGGUUUUUGCACGAUUUUCCGAGUCUAUUUCUGGCGUGGCAUCUAUCCGGGCAUACGGUCUACAAAAGUAUUUCACUUCGCGAAUUCGCGAAGCGAUUGACGACAUGGAUUCUGCAUAUUACUUGACAUUUGCCAAUCAGCGAUGGCUCUCUACACGACUGGACGCAAUUGGAAAUGUGCUUGUUUUUGUGACUGGCAUUUUGGUGGUGACUGAUCGAUUUAACGUUAAUCCUAGCAUAGCUGGCCUGGUUUUGUCCUACAUUUUGGCUAUUGUUCAGAUGAUUCAAUUUACAGUGCGACAAUUGGCCGAAGUUGAGAACAAUAUGAAUGCUACCGAGCGACUCCAUUACUACGGCUCGGAGCUGGAGCAAGAGGCACCAUUGAAGCUUCGAGAUGUACCAGACUCAUGGCCUCAGGCUGGCGCGAUUACAUUCAACAAAGUCGAAAUGAGAUAUCGGCCAGAACUGCCGCUCGUGUUAAAGGGCUUGGAUUUCCAUGUCAAAGGCGGAGAAAGAAUGGGCAUCGUAGGUCGGACCGGUGCAGGCAAGUCAUCUAUUAUGUCUGCCCUGUUUCGGUUGACGGAGCUGUCAAGCGGUCAGGUCAACAUUGACGAUAUUGAUAUCUCGACUGUUGGCCUGUCCGAUCUACGGUCACGACUAUCUAUCAUUCCUCAAGAUCCCACCCUUUUCCGAGGCACCAUUCGGUCAAAUCUAGAUCCCUUCAGCGAACAUUCCGACCUUGACUUGUGGGCCGCACUGCGCAAGGCUGACCUCGUGGGCGGAGAAAUGACGAAUGAGAAGGAUGGUCGUCCUCACACUGCAGAGACUGCUCUUACAUCGAGCUCCAACGUCAAUGCUCAAAGCGGCGGACCCAGCCGCAUACACCUUGACAGCCAAGUAGAAGAAGAGGGCUUGAACUUUUCUCUUGGCCAGCGACAGUUGAUGGCUUUGGCCCGGGCACUUGUUCGAAACUCGAAGAUUAUUGUCUGUGAUGAAGCCACAUCCUCAGUUGACUUCGAAACGGACGAAAAGAUCCAACGGACAAUGAGGACCGGGUUCGCAGGCAAGACCGUACUUUGCAUUGCUCACCGACUCAAAACCAUCAUCAAUUACGACCGAAUUUGUGUCAUGGAUCAAGGUCGCAUAGCCGAGCUCGACACGCCUAUCAAUCUAUUCGAGGCAAAUGGGAUUUUCCGGGGCAUGUGUGAUAAGAGUCGGAUCGUGCGGGAGGAUUUCUUCCGAGAGUCAUAGUUCAUCGUUGACAGGUUGAAGGUCCAUCACAGUAUGCCUCUCCCUCUGAGCAUUCAUCAGGGUAUUCUGCUGCUCUUGGAUAAGAAAGCUAUAAUGAUCCAGAGUACUGAAUCUGGCUUCGUAAAUGAUUGGUCAAUUCCAACUGUUUGUGUUUGACAC